UGUUUACAGCGUUAGSAACAAACACCUCACAUACUUUCUUUCUCGGGAUAUUGCGUGCUUUCCUCUGCUUGAAAGAGAUAGGGGAUAUUUGAUACACUGGGAAGGGGGGGGUUACCUUUUCUUCAUAUAUGCUUCUUUGAAAUGCGAGCUCCGGUAGAUUUCUUGAAAUCGUGAUGCCCCCUACUUGACUUGGGUUAACAUUUCUGGAUUGUGUUGUGUGUCAAGCCCCUCGCCAUUCUCUGGGUUGAUACGUAGAUACAUCAGCUACCCCGAAAGGUCUGUGCAUACAUUGCACACAUUAUCGAGUCCAUCUGACCGAGGAGGUCCGAAAAUCAAGAUUCCACAAUGACAGCUUCAAAGGAAGGAGAGGAGGACUUUGUGCAAGUAAGCCCCGAAUCAAGGAACUACAAAGGAAUAGCCAUCUCCCUGCUGGUCAUAGUGGCAGUUUGCUCCCUCAUCACCAUGUCUGUCUUUGUUCUCACACCAGUGGAACUUCCUGGUGUGGCUAACUCCAGACUUACUGUGCUGGACCUGUUUAAACCAGAGUUCUCUGUGCACGAUCCUGAGGCCAGGUGGAUAAGUGAUUCAGAGGUUUUGUACAGGAACCGAGACGGCCACGUCAUCAAGUUCAACUUUGCUUUAAACGAAACAGAAAUGAUCCUGAGAAAUAUCACGUUUGUGUCUUUCAAAGUUGCCAAAUAUUCCCUCUCUCCAGACAUGAAAUAUGUGCUAUUUGCUUACGAAGUGAAACAGGUGUAUAGACAUUCCUAUACUGCAUCGUACAUUGUUUACAACAUCCACACAAGAGAGGUGUGGGAAUUGAAUCCUCCGGAGGUCCAGAAUGCAGUGCUCCAGCAUGCAGCGUGGGGUGUGAAGGGACAGCAGCUGAUCUACAUCUUUGAAAACAACAUCUAUUACCAAUCAGAUGUGCAGAGCAAUUCUCUUAGGAUUACUUCGUCGGGAGAGGAAGGAGUCAUAUUUAAUGGAAUCGCUGACUGGCUGUAUGAAGAGGAGAUUCUGCAGUCACACAUAGUCCACUGGUGGUCACCUGACGGAGAGAGACUGGCCUUCCUCAUGAUCAACGAUACCCUGGUACCCAACAUGUUCCUGCCCCGGUUCACUGGCAGCCCCUACCCCAGAUCACAGGAGUACCCGUACCCCAAGGCUGGCCAGCCCAACCCUACAGUCAGGCUGUUGGUGGUGAACCUGUACGGUCCCACACACACUCAGGAGCUGGUACCACCUGAUGGCCUGAGAGGAAGAGAACACUAUGUGAGUAUGGUGAAGUGGAUCAGCAACACCCAUGCAGCGGUUCGAUGGCUCAACCGGCCCCAGAACGUGUCCUUCCUCACUGUGUGUGACGCCACCGUCGGAUCCUGUGUACAGAAACAUGAGGAAGCUUCAGAUCUCUGGCUCACCAGACAGAACCAGGAGCCAGUGUUUUCAAAGGACGGGAGCAGGUUUUUCCUGACCAUACCGGUGAAGCAGGGGGGACAAGGAGACUUCCAUCAUAUUGCCAUGCUCACCAAAUCGUUCAGAAGUGAUCAAAAUGAUGUCCGUCACUUGACGUCAGGCAACUGGGAGGUGACCAAGAUAUUAGCUUAUGAUGAGGGGGAGCAAACCAUAUAUUUUAUCAGUACUCAAGACUCCCCACAAAAGAGACACGUGUACAGUGCAUCUACUAUUGGUCUGUUCUCUCAACGAUGUUUGACCUGCGAGAUGAACCAGGAAGCAUGCACGUUCUUCGAUGCAGACAUCAGCCCGAACAAACAGCAUGUUAUUCUACAGUGUAAAGGUCCUGGUGCUCCAUCUGUGAUGCUACAGAGUUUUAAUGAUGUAAACACUUACUUUAUAUUGGACAACAACAUGCCGCUGAGAGCUGCCUUGGAAAUCAAAAAGAUCUCUAAGUCAGAUGUCAGGGUUAUCCAAGUGAAGACUUUGCUGCCUUUGAAACUCACCUAUCCACUUGACUUUUCUGAAUCUCUUCUCUAUGGCCUUCUUUUGAUUGUUGAUGGUGGGCCUGGCAGUCAGUCGGUGAGUGAUGAGUAUGAGCUGGGUUGGGACUCGGUGCUGGUCAGUUGUGAUGAGGUGAUCGUGGCCAGGCUGGACGGCAGGGGGACAGGCUUCCGGGGCCUGAGAGUCCUGCAGCAGGUCCACCAGCGCCUGGGUACCGUGGAUGUUCAGGACCAGAUAGCUGCAUUGGAAUACUUGAUGACACUCCCAUACAUUGACCGCGCGCGGAUCGGAAUCUACGGAAAGGGAUACGGUGCUUACCUCACCUUGAUGCUUCUGAGGUCCACUGCGCUGAUUAAGUGUGCAGCUGCUAAUUCCCCAGUGGUUGACUGGAAACUUUACGCUUCAGCAUUUUCAGAGCGAUACUUUGGCCUGACGUCAAAGAACGACAACAGAUAUCAAGUUUCUAGAGUGCUUCCAAAUAUGAAAGGACUGCAAGGAAACAUGAUGAAAGGACCGCAAGGAGCGGAUUUUCUGUUGAUUCAUGGAACCGCUGAUGCAAAUGUUCAUUUCCAACAUUCAGCAGAGUUGAUUAAGCACUUGAUCAAAAUUGGAGCGAACUACACAAUGCAGCUCUACCCAGACGAGGGCCACUUCCUGUCCCUGCAGAGCCAGAAGCACCUGUCUGAGUCCCUGGUUGGCUACUUCAGAACAUGUUUUCAGGACUUCAGCACACCGCUACCUGAGGAGAUAGUGGUUCAGAUGCAUGACUCCCGGUCAAAAUCAAGGUUCAAUAAAAUAGAAAACCUGAGGUUACACUGUCUCCCAUGUCUAUUCUCUCAGGUUUCUAGAGUGCUUCCAAAUAUGAAAGGACUGCAAGGAAACAUGAUGAAAGGACCCCAAGGACCGGAUUUUCUGUUGAUUCACGGAACAGCUGAUGCAAAUGUUCAUUUCCAACAUUCAGCGGAGUUGAUUAAGCACUUGAUCAAAAUUGGAGCGAACUACACAAUGCAGCUUUACCCAGACGAGGGCCACUUCCUGUCCCUGCAGAGCCAACAGCACCUGUCUGAGUCCCUGGUUGGCUACUUCAGAACAUGUUUUCAGGACUUCAGCACACCGCUACCUGAAGAGAUAGGCAAAGAGGAUGAUGACUGACAGGGUUGAGGUUAGAUGGUGACUGACAGGUUUAGGGUUAGAUGAUGACUGACAGGGUUAGGUUUAGAUGGUGACUGACAGGAGGACGUGCAGACGGGCCGUGUGUGGAUCUGGGAUCGCUAUGUUGAAGCAGUACAGUGACUGCUCAGCCCUCGCGAGGGCUGUUGGCUGUUGAUUAGGUGUCCAAUGUAGGCAAGACAUAGCUGAUGUGGGGUAAUGUGGUGUGUGUGUGUGUGUGUUUGGUGUGUGCGUGCGUGCGUGCAAAAUGCAGGACUACAGAUCAUGGAGGCUUUCUAUUGGUAGAACAGCACAAUGGUUGAUGGACAAAAUCUGAGAGUUAAAUGUUAUUUUUGACAUUUUUUAAAAUUCCACUCAGUGAUACACUGGUUUCUCCCUUCACAGCUUUUACCAUCAGCUGUAUCGUUAUACUGUGAAAGCAUGCUUUUGUUGAAGCCCACGUUUAUCCACAUUAUUCCAAUUGUACUAAGCAUCAUCAACACAAUUCUACCGCUUUCAGUCUGUCUUAUCCCAUUCCUAUCUGUGCACUAAUAAUGCCUCAAUUGUACUUUCAGUUACUGACAUGCACACAUAUUAGGUGACGUUACAUACGAUAUAGCACCAUAUUAUCUGAUGAAGUGCUAUUUUUCAUGUCUUAUGAUAUGCUGUUUUCAGCUGUACGUUUACAGUAUACAGUGUGUAUAUUUUUGAGAUAUGUGUUACAGGGGGUGAUCUAUUCGAAUAUUGUGUGAAUGAAGGGUCUUUGUUUUUGCUGCGGUUUGUUACACUUCAGAUUAAUAGCCAUUGUCUUUGGAUUAAUUGAACAAUAAAGAAUUUAAGAAAACAA